AUGUACUUUGCAAGUAAUACAAGACCAGAUAUACCUUUUGCAGUAAAUCUCCUAUCAAGAUACAGCUCUACACCAACACGAAGACAUUGGAAAGGAGUAAAAGAUGUGGUACAUUAUUUACGAGGAACUAUAGAUGUGGGCUUAUUUUAUCCACAAGAAUCUUCAUCCAACCUCAUAGGCUUUGCUGAUGCUGGGUAUCUGUCUGAUCCUCACAAAGGGCGAUAUCAGACUGGAUACAUAUUUUCUUACAAUAGUACAGCUAUCUCAUGGUGUUCUACAAAACAAACUCUUGCAGCUACUUCAUCAAAUCAUGCUGAAAUUCUAGCUUUACAUGAAGCAAUUCAAGAAUGCCAAUGGUUGUGA